GUGACAGUAAACACGUCGUCGAAGCUUUAUUUUUUAUGUUUGUUUUUUGUUUUUUUUUUAGAUUUCUUUAUUUGCGUUGAUUACUGCUGUGGUUUCUAAACGCUGAGUCAUUGCUCCAAAGUCAUUCUUCUCCUGAAACACUGGACGCGGAGAGCGAGCGGAAGUGUUUUCAUUCGAAAUGAAACAUCCGGUUCAGCGCUUUUUAAACGCCUCAGCUCGGUGGGAACGUUUUGCCAACAUCUGAAAGUGACUUUUGUUUUUAAAUUUAUGGUCACUUCAUGGUUUUUGUGUUGGAAGACAAAUGACGUGACAUAAUGACAGUUAUUUGGUGAGUGAACAGAUGAACCCUGAACAAGCAAACAUGGACUUUGGCUCAAAGAGAUAAAGCAGCGCGUUAAAGCUGACCUUUAACACAAAGACCGCCAUGGCUUUGGUGACUGUUAUCUCCACUGUGGGAAAAUGCCUGGACAUCAUCUGCUUGUUGCUGGACCUGAAUUUUGUCAUCGUCCACUCACUCAUUCGAACUGUCUUGGUUGUUGUUGCCUUUAUUGCCAGCCUGCCAUCUCUGUUCCUCAACUCAGCUGCACAAUUGAGCAACUUUCUUGUGUUUUGCUUUAUGUCAGUGGCGGAAAUGAUAUCACACGUGGCCCACAGUGGCGUGACUAUGGUGGGGCCGGUUCUGCUGGCUCUGGAGGAGGUGCUGGAGAGCCUGAAGAUGGUAGGCUACCUGUCCAUGCAUGUCCUGAUUCGCGGGAAGGAACAUCUGUGUCGAGGCAUGCUGUCCGUGUUGGAGUGCUGUGGCAUUGCUGUCAGCCUGGCAAUCUACUUCGCCAACACGAUGGUCAACUACACCCUCAUUGCCACACAGAACAUGUACUCGGGGCUGAUUGGCUUGUGGCAGGCCGUGUCCAGCCCACUGCAGAAGGUGCUAGAGCUGGCGCUGACCUCCUUGACCUUUCUGUACAGCAGCGUAGUGGGGACAUCGGCAUUCCUGUGGUCUCCAUGCAAACUGCUUUUGGAUUUCCUCAUCUCAUUGGUGCACAUUUUCAUCAGUGUCUUCAUACUGAACUUCUACGGCCUCCUGCUCACUGUGACCAUCGCACUGACUACCACCGUCUACCUGAACCCAGAGCUAGCUCGGCACUCGGGUGCACGAAUUCUGGAUUACGCCAACUCUUUCCCCACCCUGAACAGAUUCUGUCUGGGUCUACAACGUCUCAUUUUUGCCUUUCAGAGUGCCCCGCUUUUUGCACGGCGUGCAGUCUUGCGCUUGCAAGUGAUGUGUAACCACUUUUACCUGCUUGAAAGAGGAUUUUGGCAGCAGCUGUCUCUCUUUAGGGACCAUCUAGGUGUGGUACAUCUCAUUUUUGCCUUUCAGAGUGCCCCGCUUUUUGCAAGGUGCGUGGUCCUGCACCUGCGAAGGAUAUUUCACCACAUGCACCUGCUUGAAAGAGGAUUUUGGCAGCAGCUGUCUCUCCUCAGCAGUCGGCUCAGUGUGGUGCUGAGGAUGCUGCACCACAGGAGCGCAAACAACAGAGUGGGAGGCAAUGGUGACACAGGGCAGGAGAGGCGAGGCCCGCCGGAUGGAAGAGCAGGAGAUGGAACCCGCCGGGAGCUGCAGGACUUGACUGCCUCCUCUUCUAGUGCAGAUAAUCCACUAAAGAAGCCGAGUGUUUGUGAUAAAGGUGAAAAACCUCUGCCUGCUGAGAGUUUGCUGAGUCUGCUGAAGGAGCAGGAGGAGCGAAAGAAAUGUGUGAUCUGUCAGGACUGUGUGAAGACAGUAGUCCUGCUGCCAUGCAGACACCUCUGCUUGUGCAGAGCCUGUACGGACAUCCUGCUGCGGCAGCCCAUCUACCAACAAAACUGCCCGCUCUGUCGCCACAUGAUCCUCAACAACUUGGACGUCUACCUAUGAGGGACUCAAAGCAUUGUGUUAGUUUUUGUAUUGUGCUUUUUGCUGUAACUUUACUUUCAAACAUGCAUGUCGAUUAAAGCAAAGUUCAUUCACAGCUUUCUUGAAAAAUGUACCAACUGAGCCUUCGUUGGUAGCCAGUACAGACAAAGUCACGUAUCAGCCACGUCACUCUUACAUUCAGUUGCUUUGUCAUCAUCAGUAUGGAUGAAAUGCAGUGCUGAAAUUUUUGUGUUGGACCAAGUUACAGUCAAGUUGUGCACAAUUUGAAUAUUUCAGAAAGAUGUUUUCAGACAUAAGGAGAGACAUCGGCAUCCCUCUAGUGGAACUGACACGUGGUUGUAGUACCUCUGUGGCACACCUGUGACAGCCUGUGGUACCUCGGGGGCACUCCUAUGGCGCCACAGUGGCAUAAAAAGCCUUGGGUUUAUUAUUGUAAAAAAUAAAAUUAUUUAAAUAUAAUUGUGUAAAUACAGGCCAAUUGAGCAAAUAAUUAUUUAACAAUGUACGUUAUUGAAUAAAUACAAAUUUAAAUUUGUCUUUGGAGAUUGCAGUCAUAAAGGGAAUUUAAUGGAUGUUUUACUUGGUCUGACCAAGUACAUUUGCCCACACGGCUUUCACAUAAAAGGUGCCUGUAGUUCCAACAAGGCACGUUGCAGUAAAAUCUGGAGCUUAUUGACUUUUCUUGAAGUGGUUGGAUGAUGUAUCCGAAUAUUCCAGUUUGCACCAAUAUCAUACUUUUUGUUAGGGAAUGUUUGAAACCUUUAGAAUGGUUCUGUUUUGAUUGUUAUGCACAGCCUACUGUCUGAACCUUGUACAUGUAACUGAAAUGAAUGUCGACUAUGUGAUUGUGUUGCAGUUGCAAACCAGGAUUUGAAGUCUGAGUUAUUGCAGCAACCAUUUCUAUAAAGUUUGUGAAACGGUUUUGUUCAUCGUUUUUGCCUCACAUGUGAGGAUUUUGUGCAUUCCCAUCUUUUAUAUGAUUGUAAAUAGAUUAUCUUCAGAUUUAGAGGUGACUUUAGGCUUUUGAUGAGCAUUUCUUUUCCUCUCCUAAUAUUUUGUAGACCAAUCAGAUGAGUAAAAGAAAAUUGAGUUGUUGUCAUGGAAACCUCGUCUUAAACUGUGUUCUGCUUUCAGUGAAAGAAAGCCAACACUGUGCUUUACUGCCUGAACAUUGCACGUGUAUGUAUGAGCCUCAUACCAUGACGAUGCAUUCACUGACCUUGUGUGCCACAUGAAAUUGUUUGACCGCUUCAGUGUUAUAGAGGGAGUGAAAAUUUAUUUCCAAUCAUUAUUACUUGUUUGUUUUGGCGGGGGGGGUUGUCCUGUUUCUGGGUUUGUUCCAUCUUAUCGUCAGUGCCAAAACAGUCGGUGAAAGGGUUUUGCUUUCCUUUAUAACUGUAAUAAAACAUACUGUGUUUACAGUUUUGUUAAAAAUUGUGUUGCCGUCUAAUCUAAAAAUGUUUAUUGAUGUAUUUCUAAGGCUUUAUUAUUGGGGGGGGUCACCUUUAUGCCGCUGUUUGUGUUGUGACUUAUUGUUAUUAUAUAUGAUUUGAUUUACAGUUUUUGUUUUUGUUUUUUUACAUUUUUUAUUUUAUGGCAUGCAGCUUUGCUGUCACAAUAAGCAAUCUAUGUGAAGUGACUAUGCGCCUGAGGCCAGACUGUUGUGUAAUCAGAUUACUCUUCCUCUCAGGUAUUCCUAAAAUACCAAUGACAUUCUUUAAUAAAACACACAGUUGAGUGAGAACACUUUGUGUGACCAUUAAAUAUUUGUACCUGCA